GUUAUGGGUGGGGGUUCCCCCACCCCGCACUCUAACCCAUUUUCCAAUCAACAUUCAAUUUCGACUGCAAUUUCAAAACAUACAAAAAUUGCAAUUAUUUUCGUAAAGAAAUGCGAUGCCAAGAAAAAAUCACGUAACAACCGGCGUAGCGAACGCGUAAGCUGUCCGUCGACGUUGGUAACUCUCUUAUACACCUUUACACCAGUGAUAAAAUAAGCUCCCUCGCUUUAUUUUUAUAGAAUCACAAUGAGCACCAACGAAAAUACGUAAAUGCCGUCCACUAAAACCGCGAGAAAUUUCGCAACGACACGUUAGUAGAUUAAAAUGGAAGACGAACUGGAUGACCGAAUCAUCUAUCAAACGUACCUUUCUCACGUUAAAAUCAUGUCACGAAUACUAUGGAGUGUGCCACUGAAAGUAUCUCAUAUAACCCAAACACAGACAACUUACAUAUCCUAUAUAUGGAGAAUGCUAAGACAUUAUAUUUUAAGGCCAGAGUUUAUUAUUUUUGGUUCAUUGCUUUUUUUGCUUUUUUUCUAUAUCCAGGCUGUUGAUUUAUGGAGUCGUAACUUGUUAGGGAGGCUACAGUACACCAUCAACAAGCCUCGCUUCAAAGCUGACAAAUUGGGCCUCUUUGCCAUGGGAGAACCAGAGAAACAAAGUUGGGAAAUGAAGGUUGGGCCUGUAGCCGCAUAUGCCAUCCAAGGACGAAGACCAAAAAUGGAAGAUCGGUUUGUUAUUAAUGACAAUAUAAAUGGCACAGGUGUAGCACUAUUUGCUGUUUUUGAUGGUCACGGGGGUGAAUUUGCCGCGAAUUAUGCCAAAGAAAAACUUAUUAAUAACUUGUCCAAUAAAGUGGUGCACAUCAAACAUCUAAUUGCUGGUACCCCAAUAGGAAGUGAGGUUAUAGAAAAAGAUGAUGAGGAGAAAAAGGACCCUAAAAAGCCAAUAACUCCCACUUUUGGGGGUGAGAGGAGAAAGAGUUUUCGUAGAACCAGUUCCACCACAGAUGAAUGUAUUAAAGGAGCCAAAGAAAUUACUGAUAAUGAAAUUCUUAGCAAGUUGGAUAUUUUAAAACCAAUUACCAGAGACUCUAGACCCCUUAAGUUGACACCUAGUAUGAAAAAAGUGCCAAUUACCUCUUAUUUUGAUAAAUUUGGCACUGUUAAUUAUGGGAAAUUGAUCACAGAUGAAGUAUUGGCUGCUGAUGAAAAACUGGUGGAAGUAGCAAAGAAAUCUAUGGAUGUAGCAGGAACUACUGCCCUGAUAGCCCUUUUGGAAGGUAGCAAAUUAAUUGUGGCAAAUGUAGGAGAUUCCCGUGGGGUAAUGUGUGAUAGCAAAGGCAGUGCUAUACCCUUGUCUUUUGACCAUAAACCACAACAAAUGAGGGAAAAGAAAAGAAUUAAAGAAGCUGGUGGCUUCGUUACUUUUAAUGGUGUAUGGAGAGUGGCUGGCAUUUUGGCAACUUCAAGGGCCCUGGGUGACUAUCCAUUAAAAGACAAAAAACUGGUUAUAGCAGACCCAGACAUUUUAUCUUUUGACUUGAAAGACCACAAGCCAAAAUUUUUGAUUCUAGCUUCGGAUGGUUUGUGGGAUAUUUUUUCUAACGAAGAUGCUGUUAAUUUUAUAAAAGAGAGAUUGCAUGAACCUGAUUAUGGUGCUAAAAGUAUAACUUUACAGUCUUAUUAUAGGGGAAGUAUGGAUAACAUAACUGUUAUUGUAAUUUAUUUUAAGGAUAACUCGUUUGGUUUUUAUAGCAGCGGGAAAUAAAUUGUGAUUAUCAAAUUA